AUGGUCAUCAUUUCUGACCUCUACAAGGAGAGCGCACAACUCUACAACCUCGUUUCCUUGACCGGCUUGGCUCUUUACGUCUUCAUCAUGUUUUUCUUCUCAAAACACCCCUCAAAAAUCAAAUGGUUGACGGUGGCAUGGGGAUUCGCACUGCAGUUUGCAUUUGCGCUGAUCAUCUUGAGAUGGUCCCUAGGAUUUCAUAUAUUCAAGUGGUUGAGUGACAGAGUGGCUAAUUAUAUGAAAUUUGUGCAAACUGGUUGUUUAUUCCUUUUUGGUCCAAACUACUCAGAUCAUCUCUUUGUCAUGCAGGUUCUGCCUACAGUCGUAUUCAUAAGUGCAACGAUCAACAUCAUGUUUUACCUUGGAAUAAUGCAAAAGCUGAUUGUUGGAAUCGCUCUGACCAUGAAAAUGUUGAUGAACACGACUGCACCUGAAUCCGUGGCCACAGCUGGCAACAUAUUUCUAGGACAGACAGAAUGUUUGCUCCUAGUGAAGCCAUUGUUGAAAUAUAUGACAAAAUCCGAGAUACAUGCAGUCAUGUCGGGAGGUUUCGCAACAAUAGCUGGAGGAGUCUUGGGAGCAUUUAUACUUUUUGGGGUGCCAGCAAAUCACUUAAUUUCAGCCUCAGUUAUGUCGGCACCUGCUGCUCUGGCAAUUUCUAAACUUUUUUAUCCAGAAACAAAAAAGACAAAAACAUCUGCCGAGUUUGCGGGCAACAUCAAAAGCCAAGAGAAGUCGUUAUUUGAAGCAGCUUCAGCCGGAGCGAAAUCCGGAAUGUCGUUGGUGGUUUCGAUCGGAGCCAACUUGUUGGUCUUUAUAUCGCUCCUCUCCGUCAUCAACUCCACUCUCACAUGGUUCGGGGAGCGAGUUGGAAGUACUAAGCCGAUAACAUUCCAAUUUGUUCUUUCUUAUUUGCUGUGGCCAUUUGCAUUAACAAUGGGAGUGAAAUUAGAAGACUGCAGAAAAGUUGGAGAAUUGAUGGGAAUAAAAACCUUCAUAAACGAAUUUGUGGCUUUUCAAGAACUCGGAGUUUUGAUAAAUAACAGGAAAGAAUUGAAUGAACACAUUGCCAAGAAUGGGACGUGGUCAUCCGAGCGAUCUGUUGUAAUUUCUACUUAUGCCUUAUGUGGCUUUUCAAACUUUGGCUCCAUUGGAGUUCAGCUGAGUUUAUUCAUGGCGUUGAUUCCGUCUCGCAAAUCCAUGUUUGCCGAGGUGGCGUUGAGGUCCAUGAUAUCUGGGAGUGUGGCCUGCUUCGUUACGGCGUGUAUAGCAAGUGACCGAAUUUUAUUUCUUGGUUUAAAGAAUGAAAUAAAUUUUCUAAUUUUUUGAAAUUAAUGAUUUUUAUGUUUUCUUUACGUAUGUUUUUUUAAACAGCAUCAUUGUUUUAAAUUCAUAGAUAAUUUGCCAGUAAAUAAUUUUACAGGUCUGUUUUACAUUCCAACCAACUGAUUUGGAUAGUGUUCGGUAAAGAUUUAAAAAUUAACUUUAGUUUGUUUCAAUUAUUUGAUACACGAAAGUAGAAAUUGUUAUUAUAUUUUUCACUGUAAAUAGCUACUUUUAAUUUCAUAAAAUUUUUUAAUAAUAAUUAAGCCUUCCGAAAGUUAAUUGCUCUGCGUUCAAAUGCACAAAGUUCCCUGGCUAUCAGCAUGGAUAUAUAUAUAAUAUAUCAUUAUGAAUAUAUAUAUAUAUAUGUAUAUAUAUAUAUAUAUAUAUACUGCGCGCGUAAGUGUGGUGUGUAUGUACAGUUAUUUAUAACAAUUGUAGCGGCGAGUAGAGAUUCCGAAGGAAUGUUUUAUGUCAAAGAAUAAUUAGCUAACAUAUAAAAAAAAUUAUUGUCUAUGUUAAUCAUGAGUUAUUUAAUGAAUUGUAUCAUUUAUCACAUUCCAUGCACUAGUACACGUGCGUUAUAUGAGUCUGCAUUACACAUGGAAACAUAUUUUGAUUUGAUGAAAUAAUUUUAAAAAGAU